CACCACCACCACCACAUGAAAAAAGAGACCUUGCAAGAAAACUACAGUGAAUAUGAAUACUAGCUUUUUAAAAAGAGGAGAUUACAAUUCAGGAUACAGGAUAAAGAUGGGAGAAAAACGGAAAAGACAACAAAAGCUUCAGAAUGUUCCACAGAUUCCUUGCAUUCGAGUCCCUCCCUCUGCCUCUGGCACUUCAUUGCUGAAGGACCUGACCCAAGGGCAGCAGCGCUACUUUUACAGCAUCAUGAGGAUUUACAGCCCCCGGCCCCAGUGGGAGGCCCUGCAGACCCGCUAUAUUCACCGCCUUCUGCAACAGCAGCUGCUGGGCUAUAUCACUCAACAGGAAGCCUUGGCUUAUGCUGCUGUACUUAGAGAUUCAACCAAGAGAGCUGCAGCCAAGGCAGCUCCUCAAAGAACCAUCCCCCAGAGGGCCUCGGGCAUGACAAGAACACGGCCCACAGCACUACCCGUGUCUGCUGUUGCUGUUGCACCCAGGGCCCAAAGCAUGCGGCUCCGAUCCCUCAAGACCAAGACUUUGCACAAGCUGUGAAUGGUUUGCCCAUAUUCCCCUGGCAUCUAGUGGGUACUUAGUGCAUAUUUGCUGACUAUGAAUGAAUGAAAGAAUAACUUCCAAUGCAAACCCCACUCCUAGAAAUGAUCUCUCCCAUUCACAUACACUUCACCAGCAAGAACAAGGUGAAAGAGCGAGGCUUAAGAGCAAUGGCGCUAAGAGUAAGCAAGUCUUUCGUUUCACAUAAUCUAUAGAAUAAAAUUACUUUUGAAGUUUUCAAGGUAAAAGCUUCCUUUGUAUUAGAACAUCCCAGAGAAAUCCCAAGAAUGGUGGAAGGGGACAAGUGACCAGAGGGUUCAAGUCCUCUGUCACUGGGUGAGCAUUCUUUGCAUACUGAAAAUACAGAAACCAACACAGCGGGAACACUGAGCAAGGCAGGGCUUCUGGAUCAUGUCACCUAAGCAGCUACUGGACUCUGCCUUUCCAUGACCUCCUUCCUCUCAUCUUCCCCAUCAAACAUGAGCAUUCAACCUGACCCCACACCUUCUGGUUCUUGCUAAACAGUCACUUCGUGUCCUCUUGAAACCUGGAUUUAUCAACCUACUACAGUUGGGUUCAUUCUACACAGCUGUAAAUGACUUUGACACAGGUAAGAGGAUUCAUGUACACAUCUUCCCCUGGCAGCUGAAGAUACAUUCUCAGCAGAACAAGAAAUAGCCCCAAAGAACAGAUUUUGAGUCUAACCUCUCCAUGGACUUAAUGAUUUUAAGCAAAGCACACAGACUACACAAAUAUGCAAAAAAAAAAAAACAAAACCAGAUAA